AAACCCAUGUCCCCGAUGAACCCGGCGAGCGGCCAUUCCGGGUCGAACUACAUUGACCGACGCCGCCCUCGGUGAGAGCGGGGCAGCGUAAACACAACUCCAGGAAGAUGAAAAGAUCGGGUGACAGUGAGGGGGAGAAGAGAAGAAAGAGGCGGAAGCUACUCCAUGAGUUGGGAGAUCAGAAGAUCCCCUUUCUGGGACCUUCAGACCGGGGCUUUCAGCACCUGUGGGAUUCCAGUUACACUGGCCUGGUUGUGAGGAGAUCCUGCUCGCUGCCUGCUGAGCUCCAUGGCCGGGUGCAGGCAGCUAUGCUCACCCUGAGAAGUAAGGGCUGCCUACUAAGGGAUCUGGUUCGUGUCCGUGAACGAGAUGUAUUCACUGCCGUGUCACGGGUUCUGCUGGGGGAGCCUGGCCACACCUAUCGCUAUCUUGACACGCGGCUCUUUGCCAUCCCCUGGCACAGUGAGGACGCUGAGGUCAGAGGACUAAACUGUUGUGACCCUGACUUGAGUGCUGCUUGCAAAGCAUUGUGGGAGCUUAACACCUUGUUCUGCUCAGACGUGUCUCAAGGAGAAGGUGACAAGGUAGCGCAAUGUGCAAAGGGGGAGGUAGAUGCCAAACAGGGUAAAGAGGGUGACACGGAAUCUAAACAUAGUGAAGACUCCAAGAACAGUGAAGGAGGGGACUCCGAGUCCCGACAGAGUGAGGAAGGGGACACGGAGUCCAAGCAGAGUGAGGAGUGGGACAUUGAGUCCAAACCAAGCAGUGAGGAGGGAGAGUCCUCCCAGGCCAAACCAAGUGAAUCCAGUGUUGCAGCAGGCCUGGAACUAAGUGAAGGGAAAUGUCAGAGCUGGGCGACCAAGACUAUCAUUGGCACGGAGACUGAACCUGUGGGACUGGGACUCCAGGAGAAACCUGUGUCCCAUCUAAAGCACAGCCUGUCAGAUCACCACAUUGAAGACAAGGAGGAACAGCCAAGUAGGCAGGGAUGUUCCCAGCCCAGUCCGCCACAGGUAUGCACUGGUCUGGUCAAGUUCAAUGUCACCUUACUCAACUACAUGGACCCAGCAGCUAUGAGCCAUCUGAAAGAGGAGCCAUACUACGGCAUGGGGAAAAUGGCGGUAGGGUGGCACCAUGAUGAGAACCUGGUCUCUCAUUCCCCAGUGGCCGUUUACAGCUAUAGCUGUCACAAUGACAAAGGUGAGAGCAGUGAAGGAAGCAGUGAUGAGAAGGCAAGCUGGAGGAUUGGGCUCAAGGUGGCCUGGGACAUCCACACACCUGGCCUGGCGCUGCCACUGGAGUCUGGAGACUGCUAUUACAUGAGAGAUGACCUGAACAGUACCCACCAGCACUGUGUCCUAGCUGGAGACUCUGCACGCUUCAGCUCCACACACAGAGUGGCCGAGUGUUCCAGUGGGACCCUGACCUACAUCCAGUCACGCUGCCAAGAGGCCCUGUCUAACCUGCACACUGACCCAGAGACAGGCUCCCAAAGCCUGCUGGCCCUGCUGCCAACAACGCUACAGCACUGUGAGGAGAUUCACAAUGAGGUGGAGUUUGAGUGGCUGCGGCAGUACUGGUUUCAGGGCCGGCGCUACGCCCGCUUCUGCAGCUGGUGGACCAGACCAAUGGAGCAGCUGGAGAAGGACUGGAAACUCCUGGAAACCAUGACAAUGCUCUCCCUGGCCACACUGGAGGAGGAGGGCAGUGCAGGGGAGGGACGGAGGGAGAUGGCAGAGACCCUGCUGUCGGCCUUGACGGACAGACACCAGCAAAGGCAGACAUGGAGAGACAGGUGCCAUUCGAGCCUGGCCCAGACGUUACCCCCUGAGGAGGCCCCAGUGGACCGGCCCUUCUGGGGUGUGGAUGACCCCAACAUGCCGCUGCCCUUUGAUCUGGCCGACAUCAUCAACAAAGUGGAGUCGCUUCUCUGGAGGAUGUGAAGGAUGGAUAUAUGAAGAGGAACAGAAGCAGAAGAAAAAAAGAAAGCUUUUCUGAAUGUGCCCCCCCCCCCCCCCCCCCCCCAUCCCAUAGUAGCUGAGGGGACAGACCACUGACGACAUCUCUGUUGUGAUCAAGAUUGUUUUUUCUUUUGGGGCACCUACAUCACCCCCCCCCCCACUCCAACCUGCGCUGCCCCCAGCCGACCCCUCUGGCGUCUCAGCCGCCCUUGCUUGGAUUGGGCUGGAAUGGAAACCAGACCAGCACCUUAGAACCAGAGUAACGCUUCAGUAACAUGCUAACAACACAAGCUUAGCGACAAGCUCCUAGUGUCACAGACGUCUAACGAUGGAACCCGCAUUUCAGUGUUAGCAUACAUCAUGCAACUAUUUAUUAUUUCAGUGUACUCCUUUUCUUAAUCUCAUGUAACCCAGUCGCUUUUGUCGAUAGAUCAACUCAUUCUCAGUAGUCCCAGUAGGGUACCUGCAUAUGCUUUCUAUUUGUCACACAGUGUUAUCAUACAGUAUAGGAUGGUUAAAAAGAGACUCACUUUGCUCACAUGGUAUUGUAUAGUGUAAUCCUGUUUAUUGGCUUCAGAGGUGGAAUGAGACCAAAGAAAGAUUUAUGAUUCAAAAAAAGUUAUGAAUGUCACCAAAUGGAGAACAUGAAGAAUGUGUUGUUUUCCGUAUGAUGCUGCGCCUGUGUCACAUUGAUGUGUUUGUGUGCGUGUGUUUUUGUGUGCAAACCUUUAGCCAUGUGAAUACACAUGUGACUCGUCGUCGGCCCGUGUGAGUUUGUGCGUGUGCACGUUCACUCUCCCACGUGUCGACAUGAGGGCGUGUGUGUGAAUGUGAUAGUGUGUGCGAGCCUGUAGGCAGCCUGCCAGUUGUUUGUUCUUGAAGAUGCGCAUAUGGAGAAACCGAGACGAGCAGCGGGGCCCCCUCUGCCUCUGCUCGGAUGAAAGGCAACACUGAUGGAAUGACCUGGAACACAACCGCCGUUUCUCAUAAUUACAGCUGUUCAAUCGCUUUUAAUUACUCUUAAAGUGUGUACAGCACCAUAUUCCCCUGUAAUGCUGCGGGCCAUCUGAGAAAGUGAGCGAGAGAGAGAGAGAGAGAGAGAGAGGGAGAUCCGGCGCUUCUGACAAAAUCCACUUUCAAAAAAGCUCAGAAGGGUGGAAAAGGGGGCCAACGUCAAAGCAGCGCAGCCGCCCUCCUCGUUUCAUUUCCUCCUCUAUCUAGUUCAUGAUGAAGUAGAGACGCUGUUUACUAUUAAAAAUGCAGAAUGCACUCCUUUUUUUACUUCUGAAGUUUUUUUCCAAGAUGUUAAUGGUUGCCAAACGCUGUUCUUGCUUCUUCUUUUUCGCUGCGCCUCUGUUGUUUGUUGUUGUCAGAGAGAUUUGUUUGUAGAUCGGCAGUAGCGUUGACUUGUUUGAAUCACUCUGUGCUCCCUGCACCACAGCUUGUCUGUCUGAAGCAAUAGGAAUGGCAGUAAUUAAAGAAGUGUUUUAUC